AUGGCGGAGCCAAAGCUAGCACAAGCACCGCCCUGCAAGGGCACCAUCAUCGUCACUGGCGCCAACGGCGGCCUUGGCAGGGGCUUCAUCACGGCCCUGAGCAAGUCCCCCUACGCCAAGGACCACCGCGGCAUCUACCUGGACCGCGACGACGCCGCCGCGCAGGAGCUGGACGCCUUCGUCAGGACGAAGACGCCCAAGGACCACCAGUGGGAGGCGUCGCCGCUCGACCUGGGCAGCCUGGCCAAGAUCCGCGCCUUCGCCGCCUCCAUCAACGCGCGCGUGGCCGACGGGUCGCUCGAGCCCAUCCGCGCGCUCGUCCUCGUCGCCGGCUACCUGGACGUCGCGCCCGAGGCGAAGAAGCCGCGGCGCUUUACGGAGGACGGGCACGAGGCUGUCUGGGGCAUCAAUUAUCUGGCCAACUUCCUGCUGGUGCUGCUGUUGCUGCGGUCGAUGGACAAGGAGCACGGGCGUGUCGUGAUGGUUUCUAGCUGGUCUCAUAACCCGUAUGAUAAGCGCAAUGUUGUGACCAAGCAUCUUGGCCAGGCAGAGUACAAGGUGCAGUACCGUGAUACCGAGACGCUGGCCAAGGGCGUCGAGUACACGGAUGACGGCCAGAAGGCUGGGCUGAGGAGGUACGGGGCGAGCAAGGCCUGUCUGGUGAUGUUCAUGUUCGAACUGCAGAGACGCCUGUCAGUGGACCCGGAGCUCUCCAAGAUCUCCAUAUUGGCCAUGGAGCCCGGUGCAAUGGUCACCAACAUCGCGACGGGCGGCAAGCAGUCAAAGGCUGUGAAUAAGGUGGUGAUUCAGCUCUCUAGACUGUCUUCCGCCGUGGCACCCAACUCCCCACUAAGGACGCCAUUGAAGUCUGGAGAGCAUCUGUUGCGGGCCAGCUUCGACACCAAGGAGCUGGGUGAGCAUCCCAAGGCGAUUUAUCUCGAUGGUGGCAAGAGGCGAAAGCCAGGAGACGAGGUGCAAGAUGAGGAGAGGCAGAAGAAGCUGUGGGGGGAUAGCUUGAAGCUGGUGAGUCUGCAGCAGGAUGAGACGGCACUCCAGGAUUUGAGCGUCUGA